CUUUCUCUCUCUCUCUCUCUCUCUCUCUCUCCCUCUCUCCCUCUCUCUCUUUCGGUUUUCACUUCUGUUACCUGAAAAUACCUUCUUCAUUUCUCUCUUUGAGAAUUCCAUGGCCGUCCUCGACUUAGAAUCCCAAGCCCCGAACUCUCUGCACGACCCUCUCUUGCCCUGGCUAAGGUCGGUAAACCAAGCCCUAGGAAAUUUGAACUCGGGAAACGAUUCGGAGUCGAAUCUCUCCAAGCUUCUCUCGGAUUGCAUUAAAAUGUUCAAGGACAAUGCCCAGUACCGAGACGACCCCAGAUUCCUUAAGAUCUGGCUCCUCCAUAUUGGACUCUGUGAAGAUUUUGGUAGCAUUUUCAACGAAAUGCUGGAGAGCAAGAUCUGUGUUCGCCAUUCUUCGCUUUACGUGUGGUAUGCCGCUUUUCUUGAAUCAAAGGGGAAGUUGUACGAAGCACAGAUGGUUUACCAGAUGGGCAUUUUGAGGUCUAUAUCUUCUCUUAUGCCUUGUGGGUGGUUGAAGAAAGCGCACGCCUUGUUUCUUGAUCGAUUGUCUAGCCUAGUGAAUGAUACUUCACUUCAAAAGGAAUGCCAGAAGGAACACGAUGAGGAUGAUGGUGAAACUAUUCAGUCCGGGGAGAGUCAUAUCAAUCCAUGGUCGAGCUCUACCAUAAAAGAUCUAGUGAUGAAGACUAAUAGCCAGAUUAUGAAAUAUGAGGGAUGCCAUUCAAGUUCUAAAGCUUACCCAAGAAAAGUGGCUUUAUCUUUGCAGAAUUCAUCAAGAAAUAAGAUUGUUGAGAUAGGUGGAAUAAAGUAUCAGAUCAAGGGAUGUGCGGGACAGGGUGGUUUCGCUCAAGUUCAUAAAGCAUACGUCAACUCUAAUCCUGAUGACGUCGUUGCAUUAAAGAUACAAAAGCCCCCUUUCCCUUGGGAGUUCUACAUGUAUCGUCAACUUGAUCGACGCAUCUCAGCUGAAGAAAGGUCAAGCUUUGGUUUCGCACAUGGAGUGCAUCUUUAUACUAACUGUAGCAUACUUGUCUGUGACUAUCUAGCUAAUGGGACGCUUCAGGAUGCAAUAAAUUCUUAUGUAGUUAUUGGAAAGUCCAUGGAAGAAGUAUUAUGCAUUUAUUACACUAUAGAGAUGCUCUACAUGCUUGAAGCUUUGCAUGUUGCUGGUAUCAUUCAUGGUGAUUUCAAGCCUGACAAUAUGCUAAUCCGUUAUGCUAGGGAUGAUCUAGUAGAAGAUGCAUUUCCUGACAGAAGUGGUCCUUGGCGUGAUCAAGGUCUUUGUCUUGUUGACUGGGGAAGGGGAAUAGAUCUGCAUCUUUUCCCUGAUGGUACUGAAUUUAAAGGAGAUUGCAGGACUUCAGGCUUCCGUUGUGUUGAAAUGCAACAGAAAAGACCAUGGAAAUUUCAGGUAGACACAUAUGGUCUCUGUGCUAUUGUUCAUCUGAUGCUUCAUAAUUCUUACAUGGACAUUCAAAAGAAACCCGCACCUGAUGGUGGCUAUAUUUAUCUUCCCAUGUCAUCUUUUAGACGAUAUUGGAAGGUUGAUCUCUGGAAGAAUCUCUUCACUAAACUUCUCAAUACUAGCGCCAGCGACAAUGACACGCAGUUAUUACGGGAUUUAAGAGAGUCCUUCCACGAUUACAUGUGCUCAAACCCUAAGCUCAUACAGAAGCUGAAAGAAUUGCUGGUGAAGCAAAGAGCUUCAUUGUGUUCUGCUUAGUGUCAUCUUUGAUUAUAUGAAUCUCUAAACUUAUGGUUGAGUCUCUUGUAUAGAUCUACUUCAAGAUUCGUGUACAUCCCAACUAAAAUUACAAACCCCUGUUGUAAGCUUCCUGAUGUUUCUUUCUUUCUUCAAAACUAGAAAUAAUUAAUGAAGCGGGUGUAUUUGAACCUAUUGGAGAUGGGCGUAGAAUUCCACCUGGCUAAACCUGCCAGCACUUUCGAUAAUGUAAAUCUUGACCAUGAUAUUAUCAUCUCCAAAGUGUCCAAGUGUUAAACAUUGACUUAAGAAUUGAUGUAUGAACAAUGUAAAGAUGACAGCUAUGACAGAGAUUAUACAUUGUUCUAUUUCAA